GCUUUCCUCAUUUUCUCCAAACCGAAAAACACAGCAAAAACACCAUGCAAAUAGAAAGGUUUCUUCUUUUUCUCCUCUUGUUCUUCUCAAUCCUGCUUUCCCCCGCAGCUUACACUCGCCCAGAUCACUUCUUCAUCAACUGCGGCUCAGAUACAAACGCAAUCGUCAGCGGCAACCCGAACCGGACCUUUAUCGGGGAUUUGAUCUACCCAGAUUCCUUGUCUUUUACCAAACAGAAAACGAAAGUCAUAAUCAACAGCCAGAUAUCAGAUGUUCUGUACCAAACAGCAAGAAUUUUCAAGCAGCAGUCUUUCUACGAGUUUGACAUCGACACUGCUGGGAUUUAUCUGGUACGUCUUCAUUUCUUCAAUUCAACUGAUGUCUCCACAGCUGUUUUUGAUGUUUCGAGUCUUUCGACUGCCCAAUUUUCCCUGUUGAAAAAUUUCACCAUUCUAAGAAGAAGUACCAAAGAUAGCAAUUCUCCCCUCAUAGAUGAAUUCCUCUUAAACAUCACUCAAGGAAAAUUUUCAGUCUACUUUACCCCUCAAGGAUCCUCUUUUGCCUUCAUAAACGCCUUAGAAGUCUUCCUUGCCCCGGAGAAAUUCAUCCCUGACAACGCUUCAACACCAACUAAUAAAAAUUACAGUGGUAUCCUCUCCCACGCUUUACAGACAAUUUACAGAAUCAAUGUUGGGGGAGAAAAAGUAACACCAGAUAAUGAUACCUUAUGGAGGACAUGGAUACCUGAUGACGGAUUUUUAAGUAAUCCAAGCAUGGCAAAGAACAGCACAUCUUCUUCGGCUAGGCCUAAUUAUCAAGGAGCAUUUACUGAGUUUAUUGCACCUGAUCAUGUGUACCAAACUGCCAUUGAGAAGAAUAACACAGACACAUCCAAUGUGACAUGGUCCUUCAAUGUGUCUAAGAAUUCUACGCAUUUUGUUCGGGUUCAUUUCUGUAACAUUGUUGGUAGCUCAAUGGGUAGCAUUAUAUUCAAUUUGUACCUAAAUGGCAUCUACCGUCGAGAAAUCAAUCCCUAUGAAAUGGCAGACACCUUGGACAUGCCGUUUUUCUUAGAUUUUGUACUUGAUUCUGACGAGUCUGGUGCUAUGAAUAUAAGCAUUGGUCCCUCAGAAAACUCUUCGGAGAAAAAUGCGUUUUUGAAUGGAGUGGAGAUAAUGGAGAUUACGGGGGAAUCAAGUAUAGUUAUCAGGCUGGAUAAAAGUAAGAAAAUUGUCUUGCUUGUGGUUGGUCCUGUUGUUGGGAGUCUACUUGUUUGCGUCUUGGCAGUUGCGUUAUUUAUUGUUUUGAAGAAGAGGAAGAGAACAUCGGUUAAAACUUCAGUUUGGUCGUUGUUCAGUGGACACGGCGGCAGAUCUUCCGAUUGCAAGGGGACCGACGGAACCAUCAACGUCUUCCAGGUCCCAAAUUUGAACCUUGGCCUGAGAAUUCCCUUUGCUGAAAUUCAGUCCGCUACAAACAAUUUUGAUGAGAAGUUGCUGAUUGGAAAGGGUGGAUUCGGAAAUGUUUACAGAGGAAAACUCAAAAACAGGUCGAAAGUUGCAGUAAAACGGGGUCAACCAAGACCGGCUAUUAUUAGUGGAGAUCCCCAGCUUCCAAUGGAACAGGUGAACUUAGCAGAAUGGGGACUUCUCUGCCACCGAAAAGGAUUGCUUGAGACGAUCGUGGAUCCAUCAAUAAAGGAUCAGAUCAAUCCCAACUCACUGAGGAUAUUUGCGGAGACGGCAGAGAAAUGUCUACUGGAAGAUGGUGCAAAUCGACCUAGCAUGGACACAGUGCUGUGGGACUUGGAGUAUGCUUUACAGCUCCAGCAAACUGCGGUAUAUAGAGAGCCUCACGAAGACAGCAACAUUGAUGCUACCUCCGGUUUGCGAUUGGUCAACGUCCAACAUCUCCCUUCACUUAGCCUGCAAAUUGAGAGAGACGACGUGCCCAUUUUGAGGGACAGUACCACAGAAGAGUCUUUCCUAUCGGCCAGUAAAGUUUUUUCACAACUGAGAAUCAACCAUGCAAGAUAAGGGCUUUCAAUUCUCUUUUAAAUUGUACUGACUUGACUCCCGACUGAAUAUCAUUUCCAUUCUCUUCAUCUUCAUCCUUCGAGACCCUUAUAAACCCAUUUCCAGUCU